CCAGUCAAAAAUCAUUUAGAAUGUAGGAGAAUGCAAUAGAAUGCACUCUGAUGUGUUGUCAACCAACAACUUGAGUAUCGUCAACAGUUCGAAAAAUUCAUUUGAUAAAGUGUGAUAUUUUUUUUUUAAACCGCAACGAUGCACGACGCUUACGAAGAAACGUCUAUAUUAAAUAUCACUGUGCAAAUUGAGUCUAUGGCUGCUUACGAUGACAACUUACUAAUAGGCACGAGGGAAGGUCAUCUUCUUAUGUACAAUGUUCCAGUGGUGUUUGACGACAGUCAUAAACUAGAAUUGUUACGUCAUAGCAAAAAUUUUAACAAAAAACGCAUCAAUCAGAUAGAUGUUGUGCCGGAAUAUAAUUUAUUGAUCAUCCUAACAGAUAACAUUGUAUGCAUUCAUGAUUUAAAUUCACCAAACUUUCAACAAAUAUGUCAAUUACCAAAGACUCGCGGUGCCACUUUGUUUACUCUGGAAAUUCAGUCGACCGAAAGCCUAACAGGAGAAAAGAACACUGUGGUUCGUUUAUGUGUCGCUGUCAAACGUAAAUUACAGCUGUAUUAUUGGAAGGGAAAGAAGUUUGAAGAAUUUAACAAUUUUGAGUUAACAGUGCCAGAUAUACCUCGUCAAUUGUCAUGGUGCGGCGAAACAUUAAUAUUAGGAUUUCGUGGAUUGUCCUAUACGAUUUUCGACCUAAACGAUAAACCUAAGGAGCUCUUUCCCACUGGUAAAUCUCCAGAACCAAGUAUUACGAAACUAUCAGAUAGUUCUUUUGUCCUGGGCAAAGAUUCUCAAUCAUUUAUCAUGGAUACAAAAGGAGAAUUGGUUCAACACAAUCCAGUAAAAUGGUCAGAUUCGCCUAACGCAAUAGCAUGGGAUGAUCCUUACUUACUUGGUAUCGUGCACGAUAGAUUGGAAGUGUAUACAUUGGAAGGAUGUCUACAUAUUCAGACAAUAAAGGAUUUAAAUAAAGCUAGACUUAUAUAUCGAUGCAAACAAGGGAGAGUCUUUGUGGCAUCCAUUAGUCAAAUUUGGUGUGUCAAUGCAAUUGAUGUUACUUUACAAAUUAGAACUUUGCUGGAGCAAAAUCAGUUUCAGCUGGCAUUAAAAUUAACUAAUUUAUCAGACAUAACAGAUGAGGAGAAAGCCAAACAAACGUAUAAAAUACAAACAUUGUAUGCGCAUCAUCUGUUUUAUAAUAAACGGUUCCAAGAGGCAAUGGAUUUAUUCUUGAAACUGGGAACUGAUCCAUAUGAGGUGAUACGAUUGUUUCCAGAUUUAGUUACACCUUCGACCAAUACUCAUGAACUCAAUGAACCAGCACCCAGUUUGCCAAAGCUGCAAGAUCAUGAUUUAGAAAAGGGCUUACGUGCAUUGAUAGUUUUUUUAACUGAAGUCAGGCAUAAGCUAAUGGCGAAGGACAAAGAACUUAGUAAGGAAAAAAAUGGAGUAAAUGGAGAAAAAAAUUUAACCGCUGUAGCUACGGAGCAGCUUCUAAAGAUUAUAGAUACGACCCUUUUAAAAUGUUAUUUACAGACCACUGACGCCUUGGUAGCUCCUUUACUUAGACUGAAUCACUGUCAUUUGGCAGAAGCUGAGAAAACUUUAUUGAUGCAUCAGAAAUAUCCGGAGCUUAUUAUAUUAUAUCAAACCAAAGGACAACACAAGAAAGCGUUGGAGUUACUGGAGAAACACGCAAAGGAAAACGAUUCUAGUCUGAAAGGCACUGAGAGAACUAUACAGUAUUUGCAACAUCUCGGCAAAGAUCACAUGGAUCUAAUAUUAAAGUUUGCCGGAUGGGUUUUAACAGAGGAUCCUGAACAAGGCCUUAGAAUAUUUAUGGAAGAUAUACAGGAAGUUGAACAUUUACCUAGACCAAAGAUAUUGGAUUACCUCCUACGUUUUCACAAAGACUUAGUGAUACAAUACUUGGAACAUGUAGUACAUGUUUGGGAAGACACCAAUCCGUUAUUCCAUAAUGUUUUGAUACAUCAGUACAAAGAAAAGUGUUUAGCUUCUAUGAAUGCAAAUGCAACGCCAGCGGAGAAAGAAAUUUCGCAACACAUUCGACAGAAAUUACAACAAUUUCUAGAGAAAUCGAUGCAUUAUACACCGGAAACAAUAUUAGUGCAUUUUCCAUUUGACAGUUUGUUCGAAGAACGUGCAAUUAUACUUGGACGACUCGGUCGUCAUCAGCAAGCCAUAUCGAUAUACAUAAGCCUUUUAAAUGAUAUACCACGCGCAAUACAAUAUUGCCAAAAUGUAUAUACAAGGUAUCAAAAUCAAGACCGUACAUUGGAAAAACCAAAGCAGACGGAUAAUGCUGACGAAGUAUACGUUUUGCUAAUUCAGCAGUUAUUGAAACCCGACAAUGAAGGAGUUUUGAUGGCUGGUUGUAAUCUGGAAAUUCAAAGAACGACGCAACCAGAUUUAGAAAUGGCUCUUCGAUUGUUAGAGGAGCACGCCUCGAAGAUAAAUCCUAUGAAAGUCCUGGAGGUGUUACCAGAUUCCGUUCCUAUUGGUAGAAUAAAACAUUUCCUGGAAGUUAGCUUACAGAAUAACUUAAACGCAAGGCGGAGAACGCAAGUUCUCAAAGGGCUGCUUUACGCGGAACAUUUACAAGUGCAGGAGCAACGAAUGCAUUACGAAUCACAGAGUGUCCUCAUGACAGAAUUUAAUAUAUGUCCAGUUUGUAAAAAACGAUUUGGUAACCAAAGCGCUUUUGCGAGAUAUCCCAAUGGUGAUAUAGUGCAUUACUCUUGUCAAGACCGCAAGGGAUAAAGGCGGAGUUGCAAGAUUAUACAUAAGUCACAUAAGUUUAAGAUUGUAUAUAUCAAACGUACGCAUUUUAUAUAUAUGAAUUUCGCAUACAUGAAAUUCCGAUAUAUGUAUUGUUACGCAAAACUAAAAAAUUAUCCACUCUACAGUCGUAUUAAAAAUUAAUAGUAA